CUACGUCACUUCCCGGAAGGGCAACUGUAGCAACACGGAAGCGUUGGAAGAAAAACAAAUAAGCGUUUAAUUUUGAGUCUAUUUGAAGUCAGAGGAGAGCAACUGGGCGCCGUUUGUCUUCUGUGUUUCCCUGCCUUUGACGAAAACUGUGGUCUAUGAUGGAGUUCCUGUUUGGGAAGAGGAAGACCCCGGAGGAGAUGCUAAGGCAGAACCAGAGGGCGCUCAACCGGGCCAUGAGAGAUCUGGACCGAGAGCGAAUGAAGCUGGAGCAGCAGGAGAAGAAGAUCAUCGCUGACAUAAAGAAGAUGGCCAAACAGGGACAAAUGGACGCAGUAAAGAUCAUGGCGAAGGAUUUGGUUCGCACGCGGCGCUACAUCAAGAAGUUCAUCAUGAUGAAAGCCAACAUUCAGGCCGUCAGCCUAAAGAUCCAGACGCUCAAGUCUAACAACAGCAUGGCACAGGCGAUGAAAGGUGUCACCAAGGCCAUGGCCACCAUGAACAGACAGCUGAAGCUCCCUCAGAUACAAAAGAUCAUGAUGGAGUUUGAGAAACAGAGCGAGAUGAUGGAUAUGAAGGAGGAGAUGAUGAACGACGCCAUCGAUGACGCCAUGGGGGAUGAGGACGAUGAAGAGGAGAGCGACGCCAUCGUCUCCCAAGUGCUGGAUGAGCUCGGUCUCAACCUGUCCGACGAGCUGUCAAAUCUUCCCAGCACCGGGGGGAGCCUCUCCGUGGCCGGCGGAAAGAAGGCCGAGCCUCAGGCCGCCUUGGCCGACGCGGAUGCAGACCUGGAGGAGCGUCUGAAUAACCUGCGGAGAGACUAAAUGCGCAAGAACUGUCAGAGAAGCGCACUUUGGCAAGGGUCACCAAUACAAACGCACUCGAAUCU